GGAUGCGAUUGUAACCGGCCGAUUCAAGCCGAUCUUCAUGACACUGCUCACAGGUGGAAAGGACCCAGUUCAUGUUUUUAUUGAGAGCUGAACCGCCGAGCACGCGCACGUAGAGAGAGAAACAAGGAGGUUCAUGCGAAAAAGAGUGGAGGCAGCGUGCAGUGUGGGAGAGCAGCGGGGAUCAUACCUCCCACUCUUCUCUCUCAAAUUUUGUGCAGGGUUCUGACAGAAGAAUCGGUCGUGUGAUUCGGAAAUACGCCGGUUUGUGCUUGCCCGCAGAAGCCGCGGCAGCAGCAGCAUUCCACUGCCAUUUUCUUCUCAUCAUCAUCAUGAUCAUGCUGCGGCAGCAGCGCUACCACCAACCCCAUGUCCAUUAUGCUUGCCAUGCGGUGCAAGUAGUAUGUGCAUUCUGAUUCUUCUAUGCAUGUCUGUCUAUGCGCCUCUAGCGGCGGUGUGUCGUAGAAAAGACCAGGCGAGCCUUGCAUGUGUAGCGCGCGAAAAGGAAAUGAUAGAACUCACACCUCUCUCUCUCUAUCUCUCUCUGUUUGGAGUUCAUCAGAAGUGUAUGCCCAUAUAACUAAAAAUUCGUCCUUCCUCUCUUGCAUUCCUCGUGUCCGCUUUCGAUGACUAAUUCGUCUGCAUCCCCAACUCCUAUGCUCUUCAAGUUCCUCUUCCUCCUCGUCCUCUUCCUCUUCUCCUCCGCCACUCCAUCUCUUUCAUCUGAACCACUCAACCCUGAAGUGGUAGCUUUGACCACCAUCCGGAAUGCUCUGAUUGACCCACAUGAAAUAUUGGGCAAUUGGGACGAGAACUCUGUUGACCCCUGUAGCUGGGCAUUGAUCACUUGUUCUCCUGCGAAUCAAGUUAUUGUAUUAGAGGCACCAAGCGGGGGUCUGUCUGGAAGACUCUCUUCAGCAAUAGGAAAUUUGACCAAUCUCCAGCAAGUGCUGCUUCAGAACAAUAAUAUCACUGGGGUCAUACCGGCAGAGCUGGGGAAACUUCCAAAUUUGAGAACACUUGAUCUUUCUAAUAACAAAUUUACUGGUCCUAUUCCUGAUAGCCUUGGUCAGCUGACCAGUCUACAAUACCUGAGAUUAAAUAAUAACAGUCUUAAUGGAGGCUUUCCUGUUUCUCUUUCAAAAAUUCCAGCACUUAUUUUCCUGGAUCUGUCCUUCAAUAACCUGAGUGGACCUGUGCCAAGAGUCCCAGCUAGAACGUUCAAUAUUCAGGGUAAUUUUCUGACAUGUGGAAGUGGUUCGGCUCAAGAUUGUUCCCCAGCGACUCUGUCAAGCUCUCGUUCUUCAUCCACAAAUGCAUCACAGGGAAAAUCAAGGGGCCACAGAGUAGCCGUCGCGUUUGGAGUUGCCCUUGGCUGUACUUUUGGAGUCACUCUUGUCUUAGCUUUCCUGAUAUGGUGGAAGAAGAAGCAAAGCAGACAAUUGAUCCAAGAUGACUAUGAUCAUUAUCAUGAUGAGGAAAUGUUAUGUUUGGGAAACCUCAAGACGUUUAGCUUCCGGGAACUCCAAAUAGCAACUGACAAUUUCAACAGUAAGAGGAUAUUGGGAAAGGGUGGUUUUGGAAAUGUCUAUAAGGGUUAUUUACAAGAUAACACGGUGGUGGCCGUCAAGAGACUGAAAGAUUGUGGUAAUAGCGGUGAGACUCAGUUUCAGACAGAGAUUGAGAUGAUCAGUUUGGCCGUGCACCGUAAUCUUCUGAGGCUGCUUGGUUUCUGCAUUACCCCUUCCGAGAGGCUCCUUGUUUACCGCUUCAUGUCCAAUGGUAGUGUUGCUUCUAGGCUCAGAGGAAAACCCACUCUUGACUGGAACGCAAGGAAGAAAAUUGCGCUGGGUGCAGCUAGAGGCCUCGUCUAUUUGCAUGAACAAUGUGAUCCGAAAAUAAUUCACCGAGAUGUCAAGGCUGCAAACAUCCUUCUAGAUGAUUACUGCGAAGCAGUAGUUGGUGAUUUUGGUUUAGCAAAGCUUAUGGAUCAUGCUGAUUCACAUGUGACAACUGCUGUUAGAGGAACAGUAGGUCACAUUGCUCCAGAGUACCUCUCUACCGGUCAAUCAUCGGAAAAGACCGAUGUUUUCGGCUUUGGAAUUCUCCUCUUGGAGCUCAUUACAGGCCAAACGGCUCUUGAUUUUGGCAACAAAGCUGCAAAUCAGAAAGGAGCAAUGCUGGACUGGGUCAAGAAAAUACAUCAGGAGAAGAAGCAUGACAUGCUAGUUGAUAAGGAUUUGAGAGGCAAUUAUGACAGGAUCGAGGCUAGUGAGAUGGUUCAAGUGGCCCUCCUUUGCACUCAAUACUUGCCCAUCAACCGGCCUAAGAUGUCAGAAGUAGUGAAGAUGUUGGAAGGAGAUGGGCUUGCACAUAAAUGGGAAGCCUCUCAGAAUAGCAACAGUCAAGCAAUGGAAUGGGAUUCGAAGAAGAAGAAGAACAGCAACAAGAAACUAACAGGCAGCAGUUUGCUUUCAGACGAUGCCAGAAUGAUGAUGAUGCCCGACGAUGACGAUGACGAUGAUGAUGGUUCAUCCCUUGACACUCAAGCAAUGGAGCUGUCCGGUCCCCGGUGAAACCCGCGUGGAAAAUUCUUUUCUUUUUCGUCAUUUGGAAUUUAAAUUGCAGUGGGCGAUUCUAGUUUGUAAUUUUUUUUUUCUCUUGGCUGCGAAUGCAUUUUUGACCUCUUAUUUAUGUAUAGAAAAGAUAUUCUCCCUCCCAUUGAAAAAAAGUAGCCCACGGUGGAUUCACAUCCAAUAUUUUAAUGUAAAGAA